GCCGCCACCGCGUCCUCGGUGUGGCGUAGGGCUCCCAGCCAGCCUCGGGGUGGCGGCCUGCGGGCCAGGCUCGCUGACCCGCUGUGAAGCAAGCAGGAGGCUCCCUUCCCCUUCCCUCCGUCUUUCCUUCCUUCCUCGCUCCCCCCCCCCCCCCGCCGCCCCAGCAGGUGGCACCGAGAGGUCCCAGGCGGCUUUUCGCCCGCCCGCCUGCCAGCCAUUACUCGGCCGGCUCCCCCGCCGCCUCUGAGACGCGCCACCUUCGCCUCUCUCAGCCCAGGGGGGCGACUCGGGGCUGCUCUCCUCGCCCUCUUUCUACAAAGUUUGGGGCUGAGACUGACGGGGGGAAAGUCGGCGACCAAACUUGUCCCAGCCCACCGCCUCCUCCUCGCUCUUGGCGACGCUUGCCGAGCUGAAGCUGGGCCGCCCUCGGUAGGUCGGGGCUGAUUCAGGAGACGGACCUUGGUCGGUCUGCCUCCCUGGUUGUCGUCGCCAGCCAGCCCUUCUGGGCUCAUCCCAGCCGUCCCUUUCUUCCUCCUUUCUCUCGCACUAUGGAGUUUACUGAAAGGAAGAGGAGCAGGAAAUCCCAAAGCUUUAAACUGAUCAAUCAAGAUUACCAUCAUGAAUCAUACAAGUUAUCAGACUACAGUAAUGAUGUUAACGGGGAGGCCAACGAGGUGCAAGCAUUUCAUUUAGGAGAUGAAAGCCAGGAAAUUAAAAAACAAAUUACAGGGAUGAGAAGAUUACUGAAUGACAGCACUGGAAGAAUCUAUCAGCGGGUUGGCAAAGAAGGAGAAAAGCUGAAAGAAGAACCCCAGGAUUUAGACUUGACCUGGACUCCACGCCUGAACCCCCCUGCAGAUACCCAGGCAAACCUUCGUCCAUCGCCAAGUAGUGCAUGGAAUGAAUUAUCUGCUCAGACCAGCCACUUUUCAGGACAAUAUGGAACUCGUUCCAAAACAUUCCAAAACCAAGCAAGAACUGUGGGUUCAAAUGGAGAAAUUCCAACAGCUAACUCCUCAGCUGGCUCUAACUGUUGCACUUGUAACUGCCAACCAGCAUUGCAGGCCAUUCUUCAGGAGCUAAAGACCAUGAGAAAGAUAAUGCAAAUUCAAGCAGUUGCUGCCCAAAACAGACAACAGCCUCCCAUUCCUUUGGUCAGUGCACAAAAAUCAACAACAACAACAAGAAAGAGAAAUAAAAAGAGAAAAUUGCCCCCAAAGACUAUUGAACCUCUAACUGUGAAUAAGAAACCCAGCACUGUUGAAAAUGUAAAAAAGUUAUCAGCAAACACUGAAAGGGGAGCAUCUGAGUCCUCCUUGAAAUUGGAGCCACAGGUUUCAGGAUUUGGCAUUGUCCUUGAGUCGUCAGCUUCAGAUCCAGAAGUGCAACUUGCUGAGGGCUUUGACGUCUUUAUGCCCAAAUCCCAGCUGGACUCUAUUUUAGCCAAUUAUACUCGCUCAGGAAGCCUGCUGUUUCGAAAGUUGGUAUGUGCGUUUUUUGAUGACCCGACCUUGGCCAACUCCUUACCGAAUGGCAAGAGGAAAAGAGGCCUCAAUGAUAACCGAAAAGGACUAGACCAAAAUAUUGUGGGUGCAAUAAAAGUGUUCACGGAAAAAUACUGCACUGCAAACCAUGUGGAUAAACUGCCUGGCCCAAGGGAUUGGGUGCAGAUUCUGCAGGAUCAAAUCAAACUGGCAAGAAGACGGUUAAAAAGAGGUUCAGCAGAGGCAACAGACUGUGACGAGACAUUGGAUCCUUCUCUACUACAAACAGGUAGCCUCUUUGAAGCCACACAUUGUAUGCCCGUGUUUCAUUAGCAGAGCCUCCAUCUUUAUGCCUCAGCAGGAUACCAGCAACCUUUCCAAAUUACUUCAGUACCUAUAUUCUACUCCAUCAGGGCCUCAAUCUUGCAUUUUUUUCAUGCUUCUGUAAUUGGGAUAACAAAGCAACCAGAUCAAUUCCUUUAUUCUAAAUCAGAAUAGUCAUGUUCAGCAGCAACCAUUGUGUGCAGUUAAUCUGGUAACCACUGUAAUAGAACAGAUUUUGCCUUUGUGGUUGUAUUUUCCCACAUCAACUUAUGCAUGCUGGCUAUUUGUUUCAUCUUCAGUUAAACAAAGGAACAUGAACAUUGUUGGAAGCCUCCUGUCCUCUUAGAAGGGAGCUGUAAGAGAUCCCCCCCCCCCCUUAUAUAGGACCAAGAAAUUACCACAUUUUAGCGAAUCCAUAAAUUCUCAUCUGAUCUGGAACUACCCCUCCCCCACGUUUGUGAUUCCUUUCAUUUUCAAACAUUCUUAUCUGCACCAGAUGCACCCUCCCGUGACUGGUUUUGCUAGGUUGCCUGGUGUCCAGUCCAGAGCAAGUAUUUGUGAAUGUGAAAUGACUAGUGUUUGAUACCAGGGUUUUUCAGACAUUUUACUCAGCAGACUGCUUUACAGAGCACUCUUCCUUCACCCACACCCCUGGGAAUAUUCACCCUGGCAGCUCUGCCUAAUAAUUCCAAAAGAAAACCAAAGUCCUUUUUCAAGAGCAAACCCUAUCCAUAAAAGCUCCACAAUACUCUCAUAUUAUAACAAAGCUGAGCAAUGAUUUGUAAGUCACUUUGACCCACAAGGGAAGGCAGAAUAUAAAUAUUUUAAUCAAUAAAAGCAUAUACGUUAUAGGCAUAGGGAAUACACCAUCCCAGCUUCAAUGGUAGAGGUAGUUUUCAUAUGGGUUUGUGUAGCCUGUGGGAUAUUCCAUUCAGAGGAGGAACAGAGUGAGAUGGGAGUAUACAUGAAUAUUCAUCCUAGUAGCUCUUACCUUCAGGAGCCUCUUCAGCAUUCCUGCUUUACCAGAUGCAACAAAAGUUCUAGUACAUCAUCUUCCUGACCUGUGUGGCUUUUAUAUGCUUACCCAGCUGAGGACAGUUGUCCUGAAGUGGAGGGAGAGGGUGCACGUGGGCUUGAUUUCUGCAGUCUUAUUCCUUCCCUUUAUAUAGGGAGAAGGAUCCUGCAUGUUGAGCUUCCAUCAUAUGGACCUACUGGUAGGCUUCCUAACUGCAUGUGCCCUCUCCUUUCCCCUCCUAAUGACAAUUCACAGCUGAGUCCGAGCCCACACCUUGCUUUUCCCAUCUGCUCUGUACUCCCUGUGAGUAACCAUCAUCAAGGAGGAAAGGAAAGUGGUUAUAAUGGCUGCGAAUAUGCCAAUUAUCCCCCUUCUAAACUUCCAUCCUGCAUCAGUUCCGAAAACGUCCAAAAAGCCUUUUUACUAGAGUCUACUUUCUCUGUUGGAAUACCUCAGUCAGAUACUUAAGGCAGUUGUUUUGCAUUAGGUCAGAGACAGUUCUGGGAAUAACCACAAUGCAAAAUAUGUGCCAUGUAGUCCUUUCUGUGUACCAUCUUACAGAACAGUUUUUAAGAGGAAAGACUCAGAUGGUCACAUCUAUCUGUAACCAAUGCCAAAAACAAAAGCCAUUUUAAAAGGCUUAAUAAAAGAUCUUGCAGGGCUUUUGUUUUUGAAUGUUUAAGGAAAUCUCUUUUUGUCAUUUUCUAUCUACUUAGUGCAUUGGUGGAGUUUUUCUUUCCAAAGGUCUAGUCACCAUUAUAUGCAUUUCUGUCAACAUUCCUUAAUGUAAUGCAAACAUUCUCUCCCCCCCCCCACCUAUAUUUUUGGUUUAUUUUAUGUUUCUGCUUUCAAAAGGGAAGUUUGUCAAGAGCAUAAAGCUACAUAUUCUGUGCAGUUCACACUAAAACCGCACAGAUACCAUUUGAAGCAGACAUUACCUGUGCAUUCCCCUUCUCUUUGAAAAACCAGGCUUUUGAGUAUAAAGUUACCAUAGUCAUGUUUGUUAAUGAAUGAUUAAGAACUGAGCACUUCAUAGGUAGUCAUCAGAAGUACACCAAGGGAUUGCGCUAUCGAUGCUUAUAAAGGACCUGUUGACGUGUUUUACUCAGGCUGAAUAACCACUUGUCCUGCAGUUCAGUAACUAUCUUUGGAAUUUUAAAAUUAAUGUAUACAAUUUAUUAUUGAAAUGUGGCCAUGGUUUCUUGAAGACAAGCUAAAUGCAACGUGCACUGCAGUCUUUAAAUGUGUGUUUUCUCCUCAAAGACUGAUGGGACUGCUCCUUUGCGAAUGGAACCUCUCAAUCGUCCCAGCAUCUUUACGGUAAAUCUACAAAUAAAGCAUACUCGCGGUAACUGUUAACCAACAGAAUCAACUUUUCUUUUGUAAAUCUGAAAACAACAAUUGUAUUUGUGUCUACUUAACUGUGACUACUGUUCAAACUUUUAUUCAGAAGUCUUUUUAUAGGUUUUAUUAGGAAAAUCAUUCCAUAUUUAGGUAAAAAAGGUGUCUCAAUCUUAUGUAUAUAAGUUUUAUUAAUAUGUACAUAUUUAGCUAUUUUUUAAAUUACUAUGUUCUUAAUAAAACCAACAAGGGACUAGUUGUGAAAUGGUGCAUAAAAUUGUGUUGUGUUUAUCAAUCUCUGGGAAUCCUUCUUUGUCAACAAUACAAUAAAUUGCUCUAAUUCAA